CUUAGCUCCAUCAAUGGCGAGGUGGAGCACCGUUCCUGCCGCAAUGGCGUGCCGCUUCCAGCUCGUCGCCCUCCUCCUCCUCCUCCUCCUUGUGGUGGUACCUCUAGCACCGGCUGAUGCGAGAGAUGUCCCUGCCACCGCCAAGGCUACAAAGACAACUGCAACGACCACCGCCAAGGCUACAAAGAGCGCCGCUGCGGUGGCGGCCGCGCCGGUCGGCCUCGGCGACCAGAAGACCUUCCUUGGCAGCGGCCUGGGCGGAGGCUACGGCGGCGUAGGCGGUUUGGGUGGAGCCGUGGGUGACAUCGGCGGCGUCCUCGGUGGCGUCGGGGGCGGCGUCGGAGGGAUCGGGGGCGUCGGUGGACUCGCUGGCGUGGGAGGCGUUGGCGGACUUGGCGGCGCGGGCGGGCUCGGUGGGGGUGGGCUCGGCGGUGGUGGUGCAGGUAGCCUCGGCGGUCUGGGCGGCGGCUCCGGUGGACUUAGUGGCCUCGGCGGUGGAGGGGGCGGGCUUGGCGGUGUGGGCGGCGGCUCCGGUGGACUUGGUGGCCUCGGCGGUGGAGGCGGCGGGCUUGGUGGACUCGGCGGUGGCAUCGGUCACGGCUGCGGCGGCUGCAUCCAUCCGUGAUCGUGACCGAGUACUAGUACGUUUGCAUGCAUGCAUGCGUAGGGUCAACGGUCUAGGUCUAAGCAAGGUCAACGUGGCAUGCAUGUCAGUAGCUAGGAAGUGUACCCACGUGUUAAUUAUGUGAUGUUGAAAUAAUCAUGCAUGCUAGCUAGCUUAAUUAGCUGGUACUCCCUCUGUACCAUAAUACUUGUUGUUGGGGAGAACUAGUCUAGUUCUCCCCAACAACAAGUAUUUAGGAACGGAGGGAGUAGUUAGCUAGUCAAGCUCGAUCAUGUUGCCAGAUUAUGUGAUUGUCAUUAGGAAGUGUAUCGACGUACGUGUUGAAAUAAGCAUGCUAGCUUAAUUAGCUAGUCAAGCUCUGAGUAGUGUUUAAUUAGAGCCCGCACGUGUUUGUGUUGUGUGUGUACCUGCAUGUGAAAUGAAAAAUAGUUCCAUCUUAUCUUGUUUCCAAAUCUUAAA